ACACGCUCACGGUCGGUCCCCUGACUCCGGGUCGGACUCUUUCCGCCCGCCGUGCUCCCCUGCCGGCUCCUCCUCGCCGCCGUGUCCGCAGCCACCAGGCUUCCUGAGAGUGGUCCCGUCUUAUCAAAAUCCCUGAGAAACAGAAGAUCAGAGGAAGAAACACUGGAGGGACAAACCUCAGACUAUGCCAGCACUAAAAGCACAACAACCCAACCGUUAGAAGAUUACAGAAAGAGGAGCUUGUUGCAGCAUAAUGUAGUACUUUCUGACUUCCUCCAUGCAACAGCUUUGCUUGGCUGAUUUAAUCGGCCGAGUGUAGACUGAAGGACCAAUGGAGCAGAUUGGGGAGGAUCUGAACCUCUCCUUUCUGCUGGAACAUGAAAGAGACAUGAUCCUUAAGGUGCUGCAGAAAGAUGAGAAAUUGAGGAAACGAGAGGAGAAGAGGAUACGGAAGCUAAAGAAUGAGCUGCUGGAGAUCAAACGAAAGGGUUCCCGUCGGCCCCAGGAGCUGGGGGAGCGACAGUGCGCUCGCUGCCUGAAGAGUUUGGGCCUCAUCUUCGACCGUGGAGAUCUCUGCGAGGAGUGUCAGCUGCGUAUCUGCAGCGACUGCCGUGUUACAACUCCCAAAGCGCGGCAGUGGAGGUGUAACGUUUGUGCCAAGAUGUUGGAGCUGAAGGUGGUAACAGGAGAGUGGUUCCUGGAGGAGCGGUCCAAGCGCUUUGAGCAGGGAGUGCCGAGCAGUGACAUGAUCAAACACACAAUCAUGAGUAGCCCGAUCAUCUCAAACACAAAGUCGAUAGAAAACUUGUCAGCGGCUUCUGAGUCAGAGAUACCCGACACACCGAGAUCCAAAAGAAGUGCAAUGUUCAACGUCAUGGACGGAGCCAAGAAGAAAGGAAGGAUGAAGAUGGAUAAAAAAGGCAACCGACUUAACCUGAAGCCGGACAACGGAGGCGACAGCGGCAGUGCCAGAUCUGCUUCAGAUGGAGACGCUCAGAGUGUACGAAGUGUUCACUCUGCUCCGAGUCCACGUUCAAACAGGGGCGGUGCGUUGGCUCUGGAGUCCUCAGGGAUGCCCACGGUACCCAACAAUCUGCGCUCCCCAACUCCAGACAGAUCCUCCACUCUCAGCGACAACCGGAGGGUCAGGCCUGACGGAGCAGAGAGUGUUGCCAGUGUACACUCCAGUGACAGUGCACCUGAGAAGAAAGCUAGCGGCCAUCACAGGACGAAUUCGGGCACCCCGACUAUUUCUGUGUCCAGGGCCUCUGUUUCAUCAGAUCACAGUCGCUCGGAGAUGGACCUGUCAGCUCCUGCUUCUGAACCCAGUGACGACGCCUUUAGUCUAAGGAGCCGUUCCGUCCCCGGGCUCAAUGAAGCAGAGUUUUCUGACGAGGAUGCGGAGGAAGACAUCGAUGCCCUGAUGUCGGCUCAUAGCAAAACUGCCGGCCGACGCCUCAGCAACGCGCAGUCAACGAGUAGUAUAAACAGCAUGAUGAGCAUGUACAGUGAGACCGGUGACUAUGGCAACGCCCGGGUGAGCGGUGAGAUUCUGCUGAACAUCAGCUAUAGCUACAAAACCGGUGCUCUCAACGUCCUGGUGAAAGAGUGUCACAACCUGGCGACAGGAGAUGAGAGGAGGCAACGCACCGACACUUAUGUGAAGACGUACCUUCUGCCGGAUAUGUCACGACAAAGCAAGAGGAAGACAAGCAUCAAGGCCAACACCAUUAACCCUGUUUUCAACGAGAAUCUGAGGUACGUCAUCAGCCACUCGCAGCUCGAGACUCGAACACUGCAGGUCUCCGUGUGGCAUCACGACCGGUUUGGACAUAACAGCUUCCUGGGAGAGGUGGAGCUGACCUUUGACUCCUGGGAGUUUGAUUCUCAGAUAGAGGACUGGUACGCUCUGCAGCCCAGGGUGGAGAACAACAUAGACACCACAAUGCAGUAUAAAGGAGAACUGACCGUCGUGUUGAAGUACAUACCUGCAGAGAAGAACCUCACACUGCCUCUGGACCAAGUACAAGUGAAGAAAGGGUUCCUGAAAAGCAAGAAGACGAGCAGCUUCACUCUGCCCAAAGGGGGCAUGGUUGAGCUGCUGGUCAAAGGAGCCAAAAAUCUGACAGCUGUGAAGUCCGGAGGCACCUCUGAUCCUUUUGUGAAAGGAUACCUACUACCUGAUAGCAACAAGUCAACCAAGCACAAGACGGCGGUGGAACGACGCACCGUCAAUCCGCAGUGGAACCACACCUUCACCUACUGCGGCCUGCAGCCAGGAGACCUCAACAACGUCUGCCUGGAGCUCACCGUGUGGGACAAAGAAGCCCUGGCCAGCAAUGUCUUUCUGGGAGGGGUCCGGCUCGGAGCUGGCACAGGCACAAGCUACGGGAACGAGGUAGACUGGAUGGACUCUUAUGGGGAGGAACAGCGGCUGUGGCAACGCAUGAUUGAAAACCCAGAAGUCCCUCAUGAGUGUACUCUGAUGCUGCGAUCCAGCAUGCGCAAGUACAACACAUGAGCCGAACCAAGGCACAGACGAGAGAGGAUAAAAGAGAAUAAAAGAGGGAGGAGAAAGGGUGAAAACUGGAGAAGUGGAACGGUCAAGAAAAAAACAAAAGGGUCCAGGACUCAUAAAGGAACAGAGACUGUCUCUCUCCGUACGUCUGUCCCCCUGAGAGCCCCGUUCAGCCAGUCAUGCCUUACACACUCAUCCACAUCUGCCCUCCAAAGCAUCUAGUCUUGACUAAGCACUGCUGUUUACUGCUGUAUAUGAAAAAAAAAACGUGUUGUCUGUAAUUUACUGUACUUAGCCGAAGAAGCACACAGUGUGGCUCCCGAUGUGUCCGUCCUCGUCUCUGUGAUUCAUGAACCAGAGUCGUAUCUGCAUGUAGUUACAGUUGACUGAGACCAUCUGUAAGGCAUUACAUGAGGCACUGAUCAAUAAUGUAGAGACUUAGACAUUCCUUUUAUGAGCAACCAAGCUGCAUCCUGGUCCUUAAGUACACGACAGUGCAGAGAUUCAUCCCCUGAUAAAAAGUUGUAUACAGAGGUGGAAAGUGACUAGUACUACUAUCCAAUUCAAGAAGUAGAUUUUUUAUUAUUACCAAGGAAAACUACCAAGUUAAAAAAACAACAGAAGCACUUUUGAAGACUGUUUCUCUGCUGCGCUCCAAAGAACUGACCAUCUUUUAUUUAUUGGUUGUUUUUUUUAGAUCACUUUAUGAAGUAAAAAUAUUAUCACAGUAAAAUCCUCCUACAGGCUGUUUUUCUGCCUGGGGUGAAAGUAUAAAUAAUGAUUUUAGAGCUUAUUCAGAAAACUGAGGGAGCAGAUAACUAAGUUGAUAACUUGGUGAAUACUUUAUAAAAUGCCAUAAUAUUUGUGAAAAAUGGCUGCGAAUUUUUUCAGAGCUGUGGGCAACUUAAUUUAUUGAAAGCUUGAAAAGUGGUGACUGUUGACCAACAGUGUAAAACCUAAAGAUGCAAAAUUGACAAUAAAAUGGCAAGAGCAAGAAAUACUCACCUUCUAGAAGCUGGAACCUCCAAAUAUUGAUUUUUUUUUAGGUACUUUCAGCUUUAUAGGACAGACUUUAGAGUGUGAAGACAUGCAGCAAAGGUCAGAGGUCGGACCUGAAGCCGCGGCUGCUGCAGUGAAGACACAGCCUUUGUACAUGGGACAUCCACUCCUCCAGACGAGUCACUCGGCGCCCCACAAAUGUUGAACAUUUUUAAUCACGCUAGCAACUUUGGUCGUAUCACCACUUUGGUCCAAACUGAGCCAUGUCAACAAAUAUUUGAGAGAUUGUGAUGACGUUUGUUACAAACAUUCAUGGAAGGUUUGAUGGAUUGCCAUGAAGUUCCCCUUCAGUUCCUUUAACACCACCAUCUCAGGUCUAAAUUUUUAUUCAAUAGUUUGGUUUACGACCAAAAACCUGCAAAACUAAUGACAGUUUGUGUUUGGCGGUAGUUGGAAAAUACUAGUAAGCUAACAGGCUAAAUGGUUAUGGUUAUCAUGGUAAGCAUUAUCUGGGCUAGCAGGGAAUGUGCCCUUCAACAGCAAUUUAGAGGACAUUUCCACCAUGAACUGAUGCAGAAAAGGCUUAAAUUGGUGCAUAAAAAAUCACCAGAAUUCAGGAAAUUAAGUGUUUGAUGCUCAAAAUUUCCUUAUUUUGUAGUUAGUCGCUUUCCACCUCUGGCUGUCAGGAGCAAAUCCAGACAGACUACACAAUUUAGAUUAGCUUCGCUGUAAAUUAACACUGUAUCAGUGUGAUAGUAGAAACUGCAUGGUAUUAGAUAAAACAGAGGUAGAAGAACAAAAGAAGGUUAUGUAAAGCACUGAUGAUAACGUCAUUUUACAGAUUUUACAAGUGUGAUUUAAAGUGCAGGAACCCUGAGACAGAGGCUGUGUGUUAUAGAGUGAGUCAGCACUGAGGCGAGCCGCCUUCAUCUCAGGGGGAGCCUAAUAAUGAGUCAGUCACCUUGUCCCUGUCGCCGGGGGCUCUGCUAUCCACCCUCCUGUGAUGAAUCACUAAAUUCACCAAAACGAUUCUCAAGUUAAACGCUGUACAACCAUUUCUCAUGUGGAAUGCCAAUUUCGUCGCGCUUGUCCUUGGCAAACCGUCUGCUCUGAACUCCUGGGGCACAACAGUUUCACACUGCACAAUUAUAGUAAUAAUACAUGGUGUUCACUGUACAACAUACUUUAGAUGAGAGGCUCGUGCAAUACCCAAUUACUGAAGAAAUUCUUGAUGUACAGCAUGUACUAUCUCUGUUGUGUCGGUUCCCAAGCGUCAAACUCACUGUAUUCAAACUUAUUUUGUCCCAAAUGUGUUACAGGAAUAUUUUGAA